AUGGGACGUACAACUAAGCCCACCCUCCAGCCGCUGAUUCUGGCGGACAGCAGCGCUCUCGACGACCCGCAGGCGUCUGCUGAGUCUGCGUCGCAAGCCGCCUCGUCGCCCGUUGAAUCCAAUCCCAACGCCAAAUCGCCCCGAUCACAGCGAUCCUCGCCCUUUCCCAUCAGCAAGUUUGCCGUCCACAGAAACCGGCCGGCUCGCACAGGCACGUCGCCAACCCUCCAGCCACAGCCGCCGCGACCUGCGACCAGCACCGGACCGACAGACGAGGCCAGUCGCCAGCAGCAGCACCAGCAGCUGCAGAUGCGCCGUGCCCAGGCCCGCGAUGACUCGGAGCUGCUGCAGCCCUCAAGGUCGACCUUGGAUCCUCCCUCAGCCGGAAUGCCUGCCCAUGGCCUGCGCCACGUCGUGCCGGACGGCGCCAAGUCGUCAAAGUCGAGCUUUUUCCAGUUCAACAAGCCGCCCAAGACUCCUGGCAUUCCGCAUAACCAGCAACAUCUCGAGGCGCGAAACCAGCCGACAUCACGAGCAGACGACAAGGGGGAACAGAAUCACAGAGACCCGAUCAGCACCGACGACAGCCAGCCGAAGUCUAUUCCUUCUCAACCUUCACGCUCUGACCUCUCCGUUUCAUCUUCUGGCGACGCCGACACAACCACGCCUUUGCCUUCCAUCAGAAAGAACAAGUCCAAGUCGUUUGCGCUUCUGGGUCGCAGCAAGUCGGUUCGCGACAAAGAAGCCGGCCGCCUCAAGCUUGCCGUCGCGCCAGUUCCACUGCCAUCAGCAGCUACCUCGAGUAACCACGCGCUUCCCGAGGAAACAUCUACCAGCACCGAUACUGUCGCUGCCGCCGCCGCGGCUGAUGCAGCUGCCACGAACGCUCAAACCCCCAUAUUGUCACAGGAUCGGGCGUUGAGAGACCACGGGAUGAAUUCGACUCCUCGGAAUCGGGCAGAGGACCGAAGCGCCGGUGCUGCUGCUUGUAAUAGCAAGGAUAAUGGGCGAGAGAAGGAGCAGAAGGCUCAUUCAUCGACACGCGAAACCGGUGCAUCAGCAUUUCUCAGCGGGCUGAGAUUCACGUCCACCAGGGCUGCCGACCUGAUCAGCAAGGGACUCUUCGGAAAGAGCACGCGAAGCAGCAGUACAACGGAUAAGGAGCCCGUAAUUGACGAUGAGCAUUACGAGCUGAAAGUCAUCAACCUGCCCCUGGUUGAGCAAACGCGAAUGACCCGAAUCUCGAAGCGCCUGGAGGACUCGAGGGACAAGACAGAGUUCUGGAUGCCUGCGUUUCCAUGGAGAGCCAUCGACUAUCUGAACUAUAAGGGGACAGAGGUGGAAGGUCUCUACCGUGUGCCUGGAAGCGGACCUCAGGUCAAGAAGUGGCAGAGAAAGUUUGACGAACAAUACGACGUCAACCUUUUUGAGCAGAACGACCUCUAUGAUAUCAACAUUGUUGGUUCCAUGCUCAAGGCUUGGCUUCGCGAACUGCCCGACGAGCUCUUCCCGAAAGCGGCUCAGGAGCGGAUUGCUCGCGAAUGCCACGGCGCUGAAAAGGUCCCGCAGCUUCUCAUCGACGAACUCUCGAACCUAUCCCCAUUCAACUAUUACCUUUUGUUUGCCAUCACAUGCCAUCUCAGCCUUCUUCUCGCUCACUCGGACAAGAACAAAAUGGACUUCCGGAACCUCUGCAUCUGUUUCCAGCCCUGCAUGAAAAUCGACGCCUUCUGCUUCAAGUUUCUGGUGUGCGAUUGGAGAGACUGCUGGAGGGGCUGCAAGAACGAGCCCAAGUUUAUCGAGGAGGAGUACCGCCUGUUUGACCAGCCGCCGCCGCGUGGCCUAGCCGAUGUACAGCUCCCUUCGCAGAGCGAGGUCACUGAGGCGGAAAGGCCGGCCACAUCUCAUCACAGCAAGCCAUCGAUCCAGGAGUCGAGCGAGCAGGCGGAGACGAUGACCAAGCCCCAGCUCCAGCUCUCAAGAUCCAGCAACAGCCUUUCAUCCCGGAACUCUACCGCUUCGACGGCCCUUAGUGAGGACAAGGAGGAGCACGAGGAUGACGACAGGGACAUGUUCGGCUUCUCUCAUACUCAGGCUACAGGAUCUCGCGACCUGCGGCCCUUGUCUCCUAUCCAGCCUCUAUCGCCUCUUGGCUUCUAA